CUAAUCACUCAUAAUGAAUACUUUUGUAGACGAUGGACGUAAAUUAUCAGCACUGUAUUUUAUCCAGACUCCUGUGCUGAGUACACGGUUUUAUUAUUCUUCAGCAGUAUCCAAGUUUAGAAAAAGUUUAUUUGUUGGACAUAACGUACUGAAGAAUGUAGUGAAUCCUUUUAUAUCUAUUCCUCGCGGCUUUUCCAACACUUCUACGGACUCUCCGCGAGUUUCUAUGACGACUCAACAGCAAGCAGCAACUAGCAGUGAUUCUUCUAUAAAUACUGCUGAUAUAGGCUUGAUCGGUUUGGCAGUGAUGGGUCAAAACUUAGCUCUCAAUAUAGCUGAAAAGGGCUUUCGAGUUUCAGUAUACAAUCGAACCUCAACGAAGACAGACGAUACAAUCAACCGCUUUCAACUUGAGCAGAAAAAUUGUCUUGGUAAACUGCAAGGUUUCUAUUCCUUGGAGUCCUUUGUACGUUCUCUUAAAAGACCUAGGAAAGUUAUUAUCAUGGUAAAGGCUGGAAGUCCAGUAGAUGCAACUAUAAGUACUCUUGAAAACUAUUUGGAACCGGGAGAUUUGAUUGUAGAUGGAGGCAAUGAAUGGUAUGAAAAUACUCAGAGACGUGCAGAAGCUUUAUCUUCCAAAGGUAUUCUUUACAUGGGAAUGGGAGUUAGUGGUGGUGAAGACGGUGCUCGUCACGGACCAUCUUUGAUGCCUGGAGGUCCAGUAGAAGCCUGGAAUCUAGUAAAUGAUAUUCUCAACAAGAUUGCUGCACAAGUAGACGAUGGACCUUGUGUUACUUAUAUAGGUCCCGGUGGUUCUGGAAAUUAUGUAAAAAUGGUACAUAACGGAAUUGAAUAUGCAGAUAUGCAGUUGAUUGGGGAAGUAUACGAUAUAUUACGAACCCUUAGCCAAAGUAGUCAUUUUGAUGGUCAAUUGUAUGAAAUAUUUGAACGAUGGAAUGGAGGUGAUUUGCAGUCUUUCUUGAUAGAAAUAACCAGUCAGAUAUUACAAUUCAAGGAAAAGGAUAACCUUGUUGUGGACAGAAUACUCGAUCAGUCGGGAAGUAAAGGAACUGGUAUGUGGACUAUUCAAGAAGCCGCCAAAAGAGGAAUACCAAUAUCUACUAUAUCUGCGGCAUUAGAUGCAAGAUACUUAUCUUCUUUGAAAGACUUGCGCGUUUCAUUAAGUCGUCAACUGCAUGGAAUUGGAACUACAGAACGAAAUACUAUCAUAAGCUUCUAUGGUUGGAAUGACUUUGAGUUUUUGAUUUCAGAGUUGGAAAAGGCACUUUUUGCAGCCAAAAUUUGUUGUUAUGCACAAGGAAUGGCAUUGAUUCAGAAAGCUUCUUUAGAUGAGCAAUGGCAGUUGGAUUGUGGAGAGAUUGCAAGAAUAUGGAAAGGUGGUUGUAUUAUUCGAGCAAGAUUUCUAGACCGCAUUAAAGAAGCUUAUAAGCGACAACCUAAUCUUCUUUCCUUAUUAGAAGAUGAGCAUUUCGUGAGAGACUUGAAUAACUGCCAAACAGCUUUACGACGAGUGGUUUCUGGUGCUUCUCUUUUGGGGAUUCCUGUUCCUGCUUUGGCUUCCGCUCUUUCCUAUUAUGACAGCUGUCGAAAAGAGAUACUUUCCAGUAGUCAACUUAUACAAGCUCAACGUGACUUUUUUGGUGCUCAUACUUAUAAAAGGUUGGAUAAAGAGGGAGUAUUUCAUAGUAGAUGGUCAGAAGAUGGUUCCAGUAUUCCUAUAAGCAACUCUUCCUAGCUGUGAUUAUGAAGUUGACGAGUUCCUUUAGAGUGCAGAAUUCGGCAAACUGGUCAGAUUCAAAUUGGUUUGUUUACUGACUGGUUUUCAUACGGAGAGUUUCUAAUAAAAGCUCCCAAUUUCACUACAUUUCCUCCACUUGAGGUUUCCACUGUUUCUUCUUGUUCCAGAGGAAAACAUUGCACUUACUGGAACUUUCUUACUAUUCCUGGAGUCUCUCGUCUUCCUUACGGAUGGUGCUGAAGUCACUUUUGUGACGAACUUGGUGCCACUUCUUGUCAUUCCUCGACGUAACGUGUCCGGGGCUUAACCAUUUUUUAUUUUUUAUUUCUCCUUGAAGAUAUCGUAGUUUGUUAUAACCAUACUUCCAAGGUUCUGAUUUAUUAAAAGCCAAAAAUUGGAACCUUUUCUUGGCAGAAGUAUACACGGAAGACUUGAUUCUAACUCUCAUCCUUUGAAAGAACAACCAGCAAUGAUGAAGAAGAAGAAGAAAACAGUGGGGAACCGUCAUUCCUCUGAAAUCUUGCCAUAUACUUAUCAACCAAACUGCAAAUUCAUAAGUUAAUAACAAAAUCAUAAAAUUCAAGUUCAAUGU